UGUCGCUUUGGUGCCUGUGAGUGUGUGUGUCGUUUCUCUCUCCUGAGUUAAGAACACAGCUGCCUGCCGUUCUCCGGCUGGCUGUCGCAGCUUCUCUGACUAGCUUUUCGCAGCCUCCUGCCUCUCCUCUUUCCGCUUAGCUCCUUGUCUUCUGAUACUAUUCCCAGUAUGGAGGUGAAUCACUCUGUACAGCUCUCAGGAGAACCCCAGUCAACACCUCCAGGGGACAGUUCAUCAUUACUGAGUCAAAAUGGCCUGGAGAAGCAAGAUGAUAAGGAUUCCUCAACCACACUCCAAACAACGGAGGAUAAGGCAGGUGUGCAGUCUGAACAGGGAGUUCAAGAUAUCUCUGAGGAACUAAAUCGACAACUGGAAGACAUCAUUAACACCUAUGGGUCUGCUACUGAAAAAGAGGGUCCCGCCAAGGCAAAGGAGCCACCUGAGAACAUAGAACCACUGGACAAUGAGGAUUUGGACGGUGAUGAGGCCACUGAAGAGACGGAGAGAGAACACUUGUCUUCUGGAGAACCAACCACAACCAAAGAGCCUGUCAGCAAUAAAGAGCAAAAAUUGGAAAAGAAAAUCCUUAAAGGACUAGGCAAAGAAGCCAAUGUGUUGAUGCAAAAUCUGAACAAGCUGCAAACACCUGAAGAAAAAUUGGAUUUUUUAUUCAAGAAGUAUGCUGAAUUGCUGGACGAACACCGCACUGAGCAAAAGAAGUUAAAGCUCUUACAAAAGAAACAGGUACAAAUCCAAAAGGAAAAGGACCAGUUACAAAGCGAGCACAGCAGAGCUGUCCUCGCAAGGAGCAAACUGGAGAGUCUAUGCCGGGAGUUGCAGAGACACAACAAGACACUGAAGGAGGAAACACUUCAGCGGGCACGAGAGGAAGAAGAGAAAAGGAAGGAGAUCACAAGUCAUUUCCAGACCACUCUGACGGAUAUCCAGGCCCAGAUUGAACAGCAGAGUGAGAGAAAUAUGAAGCUGUGUCAGGAGAACACAGAGCUUGCAGAGAAACUGAAAAGCAUCAUUGAUCAGUAUGAGCUCAGAGAGGAGCAUCUGGACAAAAUAUUUAAACACAGAGAACUGCAGCAGAAGCUGGUGGAUGCGAAACUGGAACAGGCCCAAGAAAUGAUGAAGGAAGCCGAGGAGCGACACAAACGCGAGAAGGAAUAUUUGCUGAACCAGGCAGCAGAGUGGAAACUUCAGGCCAAAGUGCUGAAGGAACAAGAGACAGUCCUACAGGCUCAGCUUACCCUCUACUCUGGAAGAUUUGAAGAGUUCCAGAACACAUUAACAAAAAGCAAUGAAGUGUUUGCCACUUUCAAACAGGAAAUGGAUAAAACAACUAAGAAAAUGAAGAAGUUAGAGAAGGACACAGCCAUGUGGAAAGCCCGGUUUGAGAACUGCAACAAAGCUCUGCUGGACAUGAUUGAAGAGAAAGCACUGAGAGCUAAAGAAUAUGAGUGCUUCGUCAUGAAAAUCGGGAGGCUGGAGAACCUCUGUCGAGCUUUACAAGAAGAGAGAAAUGAACUGUACAAGAAAAUUAGAGACGCAAAAAUGCCUGAAACGGAUGACCGAGGUCAGCACACCUCCGACGAAGAGCCCGAGUCCGCCGUGUCUGGGGGCGUGGGGGUUGAUACAAAGGAAGCCGAGAGCGUUCACAACGCUGUGAAAAACCUGGCCACAGCCUUCAUGGUCAUUCAUCACCCAGAGUCACCCCCUGACCUGGCCAGAGAAAGCCAACCGGAAUUCGGCAGUCCUCAAGGGGGUGCUGACUCGGCCCUGCGGGAGCCGGAACAGUCCCCUCGGAGCCCUUUAUGCCCUUCCCGGCCUCCCCCAACUCCUCCGGCGGAAGCCGAAGGAAGCCAUGAGGCAGAACUGCCCUCCAGGCCCGGGAAUCCCCCCGCGGGGUCGGGAGCACAGGCCCCAAACCCGGGUCUCCCUGCAGCAGCCCAGGCUGACCAGCCGCCCCAGAAGCCGGAGGCAGAAGCUCCCAGUCAGGCCCCGCAGUCCCCCGCCGAGGCUCCCCUCCCAGCGAUGGAGGCAAAGGGUUGGGCUCCACCAGCCAGGCCAGCUGAGCAGACUCCAGCUGGGGUGCCCGCCUGUGGGCCCAGGAGGCCGCCGCCCCCACCCCCACCGGAAGCAGCGGCAGAGGGGCUGCCCCCACCCCCACCGGAAGCAGCGGCAGAGGGGCUGCCCCCACCCCCACCGGAAGCAGCGGCAGAGGGGCUGCCCGAAGGGGCCGACACCAACCUGGAAGGAGUAGACUAAGCUUCGCUGUGCUUCCGAAGCUCUUCUUCCUGCCUGUACAUCGUCAUAACAGAUUGUCUUCUGAAAAGGCAUUAAGGGCUAGGGUUGUCUAAGGGAAGAGACUUAAUUAGAAUCAAGACAUUUUCAAAGGUUGUGCAGAGCACUCUUAGCCUGUGCUAUUUGUUCUCGAUUUAUAACCCAUUUGCAGCUUUUCCGUUUAACACGGGUUGAUAGUAUAAUUUUCCCAAAUGGCAACAAAACAUACAAAUAGAAAAUUCAUAUUAGUUCUCCAUUGAGAUGGUAUUUAUUUCAGUUUCUUAAUCAACAAUUAGAUUUGGUAUUUCAACACUUCACUACAAUAUAUAAAUAUAGAAAAAUGUGAUGUUUCAUUUUAUUUCCCUAUAUAGUUUUGAUAGGCUCCAUAGCAAGUAAUGGAUGUCCAGGUUCCAUUUAAGUAUCUACCUAAUAUAUGCAUACAUAUGGCUGUGUCUGAAUGUAUAUACAUAUAUGUGUAUGUUUCAGAGUAUAUACAUAUGUGU